AUGAACUACGUCGACCGCGUGCGGCUGCUUGAUUAUUGGAAAAUUCAGGAUUCAGCACUUCAAAAUGAAUUCACACGAUCGAAGUUUGUUCUAAUGGUUGAUAAGCGAUUAUUAGUAAGGAAGGAUAAGUCGGAUAUUGUUAUGGUCGAACAUUCUCAAUCGGAACUUCGACAAAAGCUAGGUGAUUAUGGCCUCCAAUUCGAUUUAUCAUGUUCCUGUUUGCUUGAUGCCGUUCCGGGGUCAACGGACAUGGUCCCAUUGUUUGGCACGUCUGUUGAGGCAGCCGAUCCGCCGGAAGACAGUCCCGUAAGCAAGCAUGAUGUGCUCAAGAAGCUUGGUGAUUCUCUUGGAGGAAGAUUCACUGACAUUCGAAUGGCUAUGCUCACAAUGAAUAACGAGAGACAAAGGAAUCUGCUGGCGAAAUUCCAGUCCCUUUCGAAAUGGUCGAAAAUCUAUCGACGAUGUCCGAAAUGCGCGUCUGCACUAAGGAUGCGAGUGAGCAAAAGUGGUUGUGAAUGCUUGCAAUGCAAUAAAUAUUAUUAUCCCUCGUGUUAUCCAGUUGCAAUCACUCUUGUUGUGGAUCCCACGAAUGAGCACGCACUCCUCGUGAGGCAUCGAGGAUCAGCAAAUAGUGUAUUCACAGCGGUUGCCGGAUUUGCACAUUCAGGAGAAUCUCUGGCAGAAUGUGCUCGUCGUGAAAUUGCGGAAGAAGUUGGAAUUGAGGUCGAAUCAAUCAAACAGCUCGACAUGUCGCAGCCUUGGCCGAUGCCUGAUUCUUCACUGAUGGUCGCUUUCGUAGCAGUUGCCAAAAUGGAUCAAAACAUUUCGGUAUGUCCCGACGAGCUUGAAGCCGCCCAAUGGUUUACCAAAGACGAGGUGAGGCAGGCUUUUGAUCGCACGAACUCUGAUCUAUUCUUAAAGAAAUUGCCAAAAUCAUUGGAUGAGCGGCAAAAAUUGCACUAUAUUCCGCCACGCGGUGCAAUUGCUCAUAUGAUGAUUCGCGAUUGGUGUCUUGGAAAAAUUGAAUCGAAACUUUAA